AUGAGUGCUAAACAACCAAAACUGUCAAAUUUCAUUGUGUUACUUAAUGGACAAGUGGAUAGUGCUGAGUUUCUCUCCUUUGAUAAUUUUUACUGCAAAUACUCAUAUGUAUAUGGUAUUGACUGGAAACAAAUUGCUGGUAUUCGCGAAGGAAUCAGUGCACGAUGUGAACGUGAACGUUCCGGAAAUACUGAUAUAACUGUUGGUAUGCCUAUUGAAGCCACUUUUACCUCAACAAAUCCAUUUGGUUGGCCACAGAUUGUACUUACUUGUUACGGGUUAGAUUUCUUCGGCAAUGACGUCGUUUGUGGUUAUGGAGCUGUACAUAUUCCAACUGUUCCGGGAAGAACAGUCAGGCGGAUAGCACUGUUUGUACCAGAAGCUUCCACAUUAUUACAGCGUGUUAUCGGAUGGCUUACUGGGAAAAGAGCUGAAUUUGUAGACCCGAGAAUCGUUGCAACGGCAGAUGGUCGACAGGUUACAAAAGUAAGGAGCCAAGGAAUCAUCACCAUAACUAUGGAUAUUGUACUUAAAGACAUGAAGAAGUAUGGAUACGAUGUGAUACCAUCAUCGCUAUAUAGGAUUUCAGAAUGUCCCCUGCCUGAGUUCACGAAGACAUUUGAUGAACAGAUUCAAGUUCAUCAGGAGGGAAGACUAGUAGAUCCAGUCGAUAAAUCAGAGGAAGAAAAUUCUCAGCUCGAAAUUAAACCAGGACCAUCAAACAUCCCUCAACCAAUGGCACUACGUGCUGCGUCGCCUUCAUCAAUUCAACCACUUCCUAUGCCAAGACAGACGAUAGAAAAAAGCAAAGACAGCGUCGAGCAAGUCAGAAAAGAAACAUCAGCUUAG